AGUGUUUGAAACGCGCAUGCGCUGUGCGAACUCAAAGGCGGUCUCUGAGACGGACAGAAAGCAGAACGGACUCAGUGAGCUUCACUGCUCAGGACGGCAGUCCCACGUUAUUGUGACAUGGAGAACCUGGAGGAGGAUUUGACAUGCUCCGUUUGUUAUUCGCUCUUUAACGAUCCACGAGUGCUUCCCUGCUCCCACACCUUCUGCAAAGUUUGUCUGGACAACGUGCUCCAGCUCUCCACUAAUUUCUCCAUCUGGCGCCCACUCCGCCUUCCGCUCAAGUGCCCUAAUUGCCGUAGCAUUGUGGAACUGCCGCCCAACGGCGUGGAAGCUCUGCCGCUCAACGUCUGUCUGCGUGCUAUUAUAGAAAAGUACCAGCGCGACAACGAGCCGCGGGCGCCUUCCUGCCCCGAGCACCAUCGCCAGCCUCUGAAUGUCUACUGCGUUCAGGACUGCAAGCUCAUCUGCGGCCUGUGCCUCACUAUUGGCCAGCAUCAAGGCCACACCAUUGAUGAUCUGCAGACGGCGUACGUGAAGGAGCGUGACGCCCCGGCGAAACUAGUCGAGCUGCUCACGGACCGGCGCUGGGAAGAAGUCUGUGGCUUGGUGGAGAAGUUAGAACAGGAAAAAAUUCGACACGAAGGUCUGAUCAGGCAAGACCGUGAAGCUGUUACAGAGUUUUUUCAUGGGUUGCAGAGACUCCUAGAGCACAAGAAAGAGGCGUUUAUGAAGGUUCUGGACAGAGCCAACGAGCAGCUCGCCUGCACUUAUAAACCACUGAUCGAGAAGCUUAAAGAUAUGAAGGAGGAGCAGCUAGAGCUUAUCUCAAUCAUCUCGGGCAUCAGUGAUGAUGAGUCAGCCCUUGUGUUCCUGGAGAAGAUGCAUCAUUUGAGGGAAAGGGUUAGCACUUUGACCCAGACGGAGCUACCCGAAGUCCCCACGCUCCACAUUUCACCCCGCUUAGAGGACUUCUUCCAGGAAUAUUGGGCUGACGUGACUGUUGGAAGGCUGGACGAUGGUCCAGUUCCAAAAAUCUCCUGUCACGUGAAGACACAUUCCACCAAAGAGACAAAGCCAAGACUAUUUCAGAUUGAGACGGUCAGAUCUAUGACCGGUUUGGUUUUUCUAAUGGUGCUGCUGUUUCUUUUGCUUUUUUGGUUAAAUACAUUCAAUGGUGUUCUCCAGUACUCCAAUCUCUCACAGAUCAGACAAGCAGUAACGGGUCUUGCUCAUAAACUCUAUUUACCGCUACAAGAUUCAGGGACGUUUCUGUACUGCCUGCUUCAUGACCUGAGGUUAAAAUUGAAUUUGUAUCUAUCAGCUGUAGGAGAGAGCACUUCUCAGUACAUGGCCUUCUUUUCAAAAACGUUACGGUUAUGGUAAAUACCACGCACGGAGCAGAAGCAGUGCUCUGUGCCGGAGCAGGAACGCAAGGUGGGGGAACAGAACAGUUCUAAUUCAUCUGAAUGAAAUCGCGCCAGUUGAAGAAUGUGUUAGCAACUAAUAUUAUAUUACACACUGCUGCUGUUUCGAUUUUAAUUUCUACAUUUUUCUACUGACAUUUUAAUAACUUGUCUGCCUGAGAUUCUUUCUUAAAGAACAAUUUUAAAAACGUUUUUUUAGAAAUGAAACCACAUUAUACUACUAAUUUAUACAAAAGUAAAGAAGCUAUUGAUUUAUUUACCCACAAAGGGUGCAGCACAAGAGCUAUCACUGUGUGUGUGUGUGUGUGUGUGUGUGUGUGUGUGUGUGAGAGAGAGAGAGAGAGAGAGAGAAACAGCCCCAGUCUGCGUCCAACGGCACAGCUGACUGAGUGCACACACGUUCAGCCGAAUGAAAAAAGUCGUUUUAACAAUGCAGGAGUGCCGAGGUGCCCAAUAAAGGACAAGAAUCAACAAGUGAA